AUGACGUUCGAUAUGUUAGAAAAACAAGAAACCCCACACUAUAAUUUUAUUAAGGGCCAUGCUUUGACAGUUAUCAAGGCUCCAUUCUCAGAUGGUCAGUCAAAGAAAGGUGUUGAAAAAGGCCCAGACUAUCUUUUGAAGCAAGGUUUAGUGCACGAUCUAGAGAAUUUAGGUUGGACUACCGAAAUUGUCAACCCAUUAGCUGAGGUAACUGGAAGUGUUCAGAAUGUUACAACUUAUAAGAAUAUCCACAACAUAGAUUCUGUUGCUUGUUCUACGGAACUUAUUUACAAAACUGUCCGGGAUACUACAAAGGAUGGUCGGUUUGCCUUGACUUUGGGUGGUGAUCAUUCCAUUGCUAUUGGUACUAUAUUAGGUGCAUUGAAAACCUAUCCAGAUCUGGGUUUACUUUGGAUCGAUGCACAUGCCGAUAUUAAUACUUUGGAUACAACUGAAUCGGGCAAUAUUCAUGGAUGCCCUGUUGCUUUUGCAAUGGGUUUGAAUGAAGUUGUUCCUGCUCCUUUCUCUUGGUUAAAUUCAUUAAGAAAAUUAAAGAAAAACAGAAUUGCAUAUAUUGGCUUAAGAGAUAUUGAUGAAGGUGAAAAGCAGGUCUUAAAAGAAAAUAAUAUUACGUCAGUAUUCACAAUGUAUCACAUCGAUAGAUACGGCAUGAAUAACGUCAUCGAAAUGGCAUUGAAGGCUCUUAAUAAAGAUGGAGAUUCUCCCAUUCUAUGUUCUUAUGAUGUCGAUUCUGUGGAUCCAUUGUAUGUACCUGCUACCGGUACACCAGUAAGAGGUGGGCUCACCUUGAGAGAAGGUUUGUUCUUAGCCGAACGGUUAGCAGAAACUGGUAACUUAGUAGGUUUAGAUAUAGUCGAAUGUAAUCCAGAUUUGGCCACAAAUGAUAUCCACGUUGUAGACACUAUUUCGGCAGGCUGUGCUGUUGCAAGGUGUGCAUUAGGUGAAACAUUAUUUUAA